AGCAAUCUCUCUUCGCGCUGCAAUCCAUUCUAUCAUUUGCACUUGCAUCUGUUUGGGCAUCAUCGCACUUUGGAGUGAAUGAGUGAGUGAGUGAACGAGUGAGUGAACGAAAGUCAGCAAGACAACAAAACAGCAAGGUACCACCACUACAACCACCACCGCAACCACCACCACCAACAACAGCACCACCACUACCACCGCCGUCAGCCAACGACAACACCGACAGAGACAGCGGUGAACACGACAUCGAAUCGAAACACGAGCCUUGUUCGUUUUUGAAUAUGGACCCCAACUACCCGGGCGCAGGCGGCAGACACGACCCAUCCCAACAGCAGCAGCAACAGCAGCAACAACAGCAACAGCAGUACGACAUCUCCGUUAUGGGACAUUAUGGAGCCAGCGCGGCGCUCGUAGCCAACUCGUCCGUCCCGCAAUCCGAUAUAUAUAGUGGCGCGUUCGCAAAUGUAUCCCAAGGCUUGCACGGUCAUUACCGCGACAUCUUGACUGCGUACUGGCAGCAGACCAUCAACACCCUCGAGAAUGAAGACCACGACUACAAGGUGCACCAGCUCCCGCUCGCUCGGAUAAAGAAGGUCAUGAAGGCGGAUCCCGAAGUCAAGAUGAUAUCCGCCGAGGCGCCGAUACUGUUCGCAAAGGGUUGCGACAUAUUCAUCACCGAAUUGACGAUGCGUGCCUGGAUACAUGCGGAGGAGAACAAGCGGCGGACACUGCAGCGCUCCGACAUCGCGUCGGCCCUGACCAAGAGCGACAUGUUCGAUUUCCUAAUCGAUAUCGUCCCGAGGGAAGACGCAGCUCCGAAACGGGCAAGCGGGGGUGCUCCGGGUUCCGGUGGUGGGCAUCAUCAACAGGCACCGCCGCCGCCGUCACACCCGCCACACCCACCGCAGCAACAGCCACCACAGCACCAGCAAUCGCAGCCGCCACAGCAGUCACAGCAUGUUCACGGCCAAUCACAGAUGCCCUCGGGCUUGGAGUACCCUCACCCAGGCAUGCCUGCAGAAUCGGAUCGGUAUGGACAGGGCAGCAUGUAUCCCGGCGGUGUGGCACCACCAGUCGGAAAUUACGGAACACACAUCUACCAGGAAGGGAUGGAGGGGAUCUAUGGCUACCCACCAAUGCCACCGCACACGAUGUACCAGAUGCCAAAUCAACGAGGCCACCUUCAAGACCCGCAAGGUGGACAAGGCAAUGAACAGGGGGACGACGCUGACGCCGAGGGCGAGAGAGAUUACGAGGUACCUCAAGGGCAGAAUUCGGGUCUUGCAGUCGGACUCUAACCCUUUCCCUAGGAUUGAGUCGCCAUUUGUUUGCACGUAUACGCGGUCGUGUCAUCUCGCGUCAGAACUUUUUCUUUUUCUGCUCUUUUUUCUCCGGUGUUGCGCCAUUUCUGUUU